AGAGAAAUGCCUUGCGUUUACAUCUCAACUAAUCUCAACUUAGACGAGGUCGACACCGAUCCCGUCUUCUCCCAAGCCACCAAAGCCCUCGCCUCCAUCAUCGGAAGGCCGGAACACUUGGUGAUGAUGAUUUUGAAGGGAUCAGUGGCGAUUUCAUUCAACGGGAACAAGGAUCCGGCGGCGUAUGCGGAGGUGUUGUCGAUGGGCGGCAUUAACAGGGACGUGAAGAGAAAGUUGAUAGCCGCGCUGGGCAGCAUUUUAGAGAAUAACUUGUCCAUUCCCAGAACCCGUUUUAUUGUCAAAGUCUGUGAUACGACUGUUGGCCGCUCCAAAUUAUGAAUAAACAAAUAUAUAUACACAUUAUUG